AUGGACCAAACUCUGUAUUUCAUUCUUCUUCUCAUUGCUCUCUGCUCCGUAUCUGAAUGUGUUCAGCGUCAGUAUCACUUUAUAAAUGAGGAGAAGACCUGGACUGAAGCUCAGAGAUACUGCAGAGAGAAAUACACAGAUCUGGCCACCGCUGACAACAUGAACGACACGAACGAGCUGAAGAAGAGUGUGAAUGAUGGAAGUGUUCAGAAUAUCUGGAUUGGGCUGAAGAGGGCGAGUCGUGAUGAAUGGCACUGGUCUUCAGAUAAACUUAUUGUGAUCCGAGAGAAUGUGACGUGGUCUGAAGCUCUGAGAUACUGCAGACAGAAUCAUGUGGAUCUGGUCUCGAUUCAUUCAGAAGAGAUGCAGCGUCGUGUAAUGAACGUGGUUAAACUGGCGUCUACUGCGGAGGUGUGGUUGGGUUUACGUUACUCUCACAUUGUGGGCAUCUGGUACUGGGUGAGUGGAGAUACCGUGUGCUAUCAGAACUGGGCUCCAGGGAACGGCACAUCAGAGGAGGACUGUGAACACACAGUGAGAUCUGGAGCAGUUCAGUCUGGAGGAGAUCAGCGCUGGAUCAGCCUUCCUGAGACUCACAAACUCAACUUUAUCUGCACAACUUAUGAAGAGUAAAGAACAUGUGAAUGCCUGUAUGUUAAUUUCUAUUAUUUUCCUGUUUCCAGUUGUUAAGGUUAAAUACAUGUGUAAGUUUUUUUUUUUUUUUUUCUACAGAUUAUGUUAGAUGAAUAGUUCAUGCAAUCUUUCAUUAACAUAUUAUUGUGCUGUGAAGUGUAGAUGGUCUGUAAAUCUCCAGGUGGAUAAAUCAGUGUGAUUCCUGUAGGUGGUGUUUGG